GGACCUCUGGAGCUGCUGAGCCAUCUCUCCAGCCUGAUUUCUUUCCAUUUUUAACAGUUUAAUUUUUCCUGAUUAGGGGAAUGAUCCUUACAGUGGGGCUGGCUCUUCCCACAUCAGUAAACUGAUGACAGUUCCCACAGACAUAUCCACAGGACAUCUUGGUGUAGACAACAUUCUAUGAGACUGUCCAGGUUAUUCUGGGUUGUGUCAGGUUCACAGAGCUGUCCCUAGGCUCUGCCUCGUUCAAGUGCUGGCCUGUUUAUCACACUCUGACUAGGCACUAAUAUGGCUUUCAGUAAGCACUGGCUCUGCACAGUGGAAGCCAUGUUGUCAAAUUGGCAGAGGAUUAGAUUGCAGGGUUUUAGAAUUCCUUUUGUUUUGUUUUGUUUUUGACUCUUGAAUUUGCACAUUUCUGAGAAGCCUGUUCAACCCUGAGAGGCUAAUGCUGCUGCCAAGAAUGAAUGACACUUUUAGUGUGUCCUGUCAUCAUUGUGAGACUCCAUGUUGGUCAUCUUACUGAGAGUGCACAAAGCCUUGGAAGAUCAGGCUGCCUGUUGUUGCUCAGCUUUACUUUUGAAUGGAUAUUGGUGGUGGGGAAAAUGGAAUUGGGGCCGGCCGAGGCUGAGCAGCUUGCCUAGGGAUGGGGUGCAGAGAUGAACUAGGUCUCCCUUGGGCAGAAGCAGUUCCAUAGUCAAAUCUCUUAGGCACCUUUUCUCCUGGUUGCUCCAGCUGCCAUGUGAAAUGGACAGUGGCCAUGGUCAAAGAGACCCUUCCAGACUGUCUUGGUCCUUGGCUCUGCAACAGGUUAUUCAGAAAGAAAAAUAGAAUAGUCCCAUAAGAAAAUGGCUUUCAGGUGGUGGUUGGUAGUCUCCUACUGGGUGAUGAGGAGGCUCUGUCCUCCAUGUAGAACGUAGCACCUACCAUGCUAUGCACCUAUACCAGGGAGAGCUCACUUCAAAACUGUAGAAUGGCUCUUGAAUACAGCAGCACAUAGCCAAACCCCAAAUCCAAAGCCCUUAGACUACACUGACAAUUAUCAGGCCUUGAGCAUGCUUGCUAGCUCUAGCAGAUAGCAGAUGGGAUAAUCACCUCAGUCUGGAUAGGUUGGGGUGGCCAAAAGGAAGGAAGCAGAAGAGAUGAUCCUUAGGUAUUCAUCUGGGACGCUUGGGGGUGGGGGCAGGGACAGGGACACACUCAAACUCAGAUAAAGUAGUUGUUUUGUGCAGAACCCUGUGGGACAUGAGAGGACAGGGAGGCCAAUGCCUGGAGCAGCCUGGGUUCUUGAACCAGCUAGGUCCAGCCCUGCAGAACACAGCCUACAGAGCGAGCCUGCUGGUCCCUGUCAUUGUGAGUGGGGUGGGAGAGAAUGUCUAAUGGUAAUAGAAUGGCAGAUGGCCAUUGGUGCCAUUGCAGUAUGAAACAGCCAAGUCCAUCCAAUUGCCUCAUGGGCCAGGACACCUGCCUGUACACUAGAAAAGAAAGGACAGCCUCUUAUAGGUAACCAGGAAUACUUCCCCAUCCCAGAGGUCUGGUUUGCUUAGAUAUGCCGAGAGAGAACAUGGCAUGUAAGAAAAACAUGACACAGAACUCAUGAAUGGAGCAAACUCAGCAAAGAUUAAGAGUCUAAAUCCAACCCAUCUCAGAAUGAAAAGACUAAAAGGAAGUCAAGUGAAUAAGCACAUUGCUCCCCAAAUACUAAAGGUGAUGAGUCUAAGAGCAUGAACAACUCAUCUUCUAGAAGAACCACCUGCAACUCCAGCUUCAGAGGUCUGAUACUGGGCUCUGGGCAUCUGUACUUCCCUCCCCCAUAAUACAUAUUUUUAAAAUGUGAAAGUGGGAUAAUUGUAAGGUGAAAAUGAUUUUUCACCUAUUUUUGUUUUUUGGUUUUUGAGACAGGCUUUUUCUGUGUAGCCCUGGCUGUCUUGGAACUUGCUCUGUAGACCAGGCAGGCCUCGAACUCAGAUCCACCUGCCUCUGACUGCUGAGAUUAAACACAUGUACCACCACCACCCAGCAAAAAGGAAAAAUUUAAAAGAUGCAAAUAGAGUAGAGAGUAUUGGAUUUAGGCAGAGAAAGUGUGAUAAACAUUAGACUGAAUCCCUGACACAUCUAAAGCAAAGGAAUAGAAUACAUGGUAAAACUAAUUCAUGGGCUGGAAGGAUGGCUCAGUGGUUAAGAGUGCUUGCUGCUCUUGCUGAGGACCCAGGUUCCAUUCUCAGCACCCAUGUCUGGCAGCUCACAGCUGCGGGUAACUAGCUCCAGGCAAUCCAGUGCCUUCUGGCCUCUUGGUUACCCAUAUACUUGUGGUAUUCAUUUAUACAGAUGCACAUGCAAAUAUAGGUACAUCCUAAAACUUUAUUCAAGUGAGGAGCCCUGACUUGCAAUAGAGCUGUUGAGAGAACAAGUCACAAACACUGAGAGGAACUAUAAAGAGCUGGGGGCUGGGGUAUGGCUCAGUUGCAGCACACUUGUGUAGCAUGCCCAGGGCCCUGUGUAUAAUCCCACCUGCUAUAAAACCAAAACCCAGCUUCCUGGCAGAAUGACUUAUAAGGAAAAGUAAAGGCAGCUGUUAGAUUUCCUGUCAGCAACACUUAAGUCUGACAAAAGCCUAAACUUGACAGUGUGCAGGGUGAGAGGGGUGAGCCAAGCAUUUGAAGGGUGUUGACAAGAGCAAGAGCCAGUUAAGUCCCUUGCCGGUGUGCCUUUUCCUGAAAAUCUAAUGCUGAUUGAGCUUUGGACAACCCCAGGGACCAGGGAGAGACAAAUAAAAGGUGGCAGUGAGCAUGGGCUUCAUUGGAACAAAGGACUAGUUGGCCACCCAGAAACUGCCUAUGAAGACAACUGUGAAAAUGGAAAGAGCCUCCUUCAGGCAUUUAGUGUAGCUGUUCUCAGAAGGCACCAUGGGUCAAUCCUGAUUCUGUCAUCACAGUGACGAGGUGAUGAUAGGCAGCAUUUCCAUGGAGAAGAGGAGGGGACUAAAUAGCUUAAACAGAAACCUUUGGUUUCUGAGGAUUCAUAUGGCAAUCACUAGUGUGGAUUUUUAUUUGAAAACAAGACACAGAACAGGCAUCUCCUGACUUAGCUUCCUGAGGACUGCUUUGGCAAGCUGUCUUUGGAGGGUCUAGGGCAGGAAGUAUAUAAGAUAAGUGGGACAUUAUUGAGGGCACCAGAGCCCAGGGAAGACAACAAGCUCUGAGGAGGUACCCACUCACUAGACUUGGGCAGUUUAGCCAAAGUGAAUUUUGCUGUUGUACUGAGGAUCCGACCUAGAGUCUUGGAUAGACAUUCUGGAUAAGGAUCCUACCACAGCACUACAUUCCCAGUCCUGCUUCUACUUUUUAUUUUGAGACAGAGACUUGCUAAAGUUGGCUUUGAGCUCCUAGCCCAAGCAGGUCUUGAACUUUCAAACCUGCCUCAGCCUCCCAGGUAGCUGGGAUUGCAGGUCUGUGUUACUAGGACCAGCCUGCCUUUUGUCUGAUAUCAGGAAGGGAGAGAUUCAUUUGGUGAAGAAUAAGAACCAAGUUACACUUGAAUACUGGGCGCAAAUGCUCUGCCUAUAACCUCCCAAGAGCUUGACCCUGAUGGGGUAUCUUGAAAUCAUUACAACUGCUAUCCCACAAAACAAAAUAACUGCCCCUUCCGAGUCCAUUUAGUCUAUGAUCUGAACAUUGUCCCAAAGUGAUACCAGGAACCUUUCUGAGAAAGGACUGGACAGCAUCUCAAGACUGCCUUUGGCAAGGGUGGGCUGCCAGUCCAGUGGUCCAAAUUCCGUCUCGCUGCUGGGGUAUGUGAACUCCGCUCAGGCAGACAAAGCACAGACUACUAGGCUGUGUUUUACCCUACGCCAACAUCAGGUGCUGGGUAUGCGAGAAGCGCUGAUGCACCGCUCAGGUGGGAAAAUGCAGCCGAAGAUGAGUACCUCAGCCCAGGUGAGAAACAAUGCAGGCUGAGGCUGAAACUGAAGCUGGGGUUCCCUAACUCCCGGGUGGGUGUGUCCAGUUGCCACUGGAAGCUGGGUGGAGUGCGGAAUGGAGGGGCUCUUGGGAGAUGGGGAACUCUGGCUUUGUCUAGCAGCUUAUGUCUGGGCGUCUUCUGCAGGAGACUUAGGCAGUGUCACUCUGUAGGAUGAAGGCUUCCCCACAGCCCCCACAGUGGUUCUUGAUGAGAGAGACAGUCCUUGAUUCUAAACUUUAUCGAUUGUUCACUGUGGAGCACAUGUGUAUGCAACUCCCUCAGGGUAGACCAGAGAUUAAACACCUUUUCAGAAAGGAAUGUCCUGGAAGGGAAGGUUAUUGGUUAAACCCCCAGGGCCCAUCUAGAUACCUCAUUAGUAUGGAGAACUCUGUUCUGUUAACAUGACCAGGGGUCACGUUCCUUAUAUGAGGAGUUGUGGUCACCUGUUCUGGACCAGGAAUCUGGUCAGGAGUAGGUGAAAUGCCUACAAUCCUCAGGUAAGAGGUGUUGGGGCUUCUGAACCCACUCCACCUUACCAGGUUUCCUGGCGUGGUCCACUGCCCCACAGAGGUACUGUGUAGCUAGCAGAGACAUAUAUCCCUGGUUCUAGGGUUUUGAAAUUUUAUCUUGUGUAUAACUGUUUUGCCUGUGUGCAUGUAUGUAUACCACAUAUUUCCCUGGUGCCUGGGGAGGUCAGAAUAGGGUAUCAGAACCUCUGGAACAGAGCUUAUGGUUAUGAGCCACCAUGUGGGUGCUGGGACUCAAACUUGAGUCCUCUGCAAGGGCAAUAAGUGCCCUUGACCACUGAGCCGUCUCUGAAGACCAUACUGAGGUUAAAAAAAAAAAAGUUGGCAGCCCUAUCUUUUCUGAGACAGUGUGACCAGGAGAAGCUGACCUCCUAAGCUGACCCUGCUGUCCCCUUGCUAAAUGCCUGCAGCAGGACCACUUUGAAACCCCAUUGCUCUUUAGAAGCUGCCUUCCUUGGGGGCAAGGUUCUAGUCCACUCAAGCCUCCAGACAUCAGCUAGAAAGGAACUUCACCUUUUAAGUCAUUAGCUUCCCAGCCACUUAAUAUCUGCUUCUUUGCAAAACAGGCACACUAAACAGAAUAACCAGGCAUCUUAGAAAAAGUCAGAGCCUAAGAAAGGGAUGUGCCUGACCAAAGCUCUCCUUGCUCCUUAUCAGCCUUCUCUAGUUCUUAGACAGCUCUUCCCUAGAUUGUCAUUUAACACAGCAUGCUCCUUCUGCCCCCUGCAGGUCCUUGUGUCUUGAGCUCCCGGACUUCUUGCUGUAUUCAGCAUUCAGAUUCCAUGUCAUGACUGCAAAUACUGUUCAAAGAUGCACACAGUACACUGGCACUCUGAGUUUCUAAGCCUUAAAAUGUUUUCAGUUAUGUCUGUGUGUGCAUAGGAGGGUGUGGGGCAAGCAUGCCACCAUGCGCAUGGAAGCCAGAGCAAAGCUUGACUGAAUUCAGAUAGUCAGGCUUAGGGCAGGCACUUGCUCAGCUGUCUCCCAGGCUCCAUUAUGACACUUUAGCACAUAUGCAUCACUGUAUUUUGUUUUCCCCCACUUCCUCCACCUCCUUUGGGACUGGUCCCUUUCCCCCUCUUUGGCAGCAUUGAAGAUUCAGGACUGCACGGCCGUGCCUGGCUUUUACAUGGGUGUUGGGGAUUUGAACUUGGGAUCUUUUGCUUUCACACCCCAGAAGGCCAGCGCCUGAACAUGAGCUCCAGGCUGCUUCAAGAGUUCCCAUCUUAACCUUUGACUGGACAUCCUCAUCAUGGAUGACGAUGACGUCCCCAGCUGGCCCCCGACCAAGCUGUCCCCACCCCCGUCUGCACCUCCUCCUGGGCCCCCACCCCGGCCGCGGCCGCCAGCACCCUACAUCUGCACUGAGUGUGGCAAAAGCUUCAGCCACUGGUCGAAGCUGACGCGGCACCAACGCACGCACACAGGCGAGCGGCCUAACGCCUGUACCGACUGCGGCAAGACCUUCUCGCAAAGCUCGCACCUGGUGCAGCACCGGCGCAUCCACACAGGCGAGAAGCCAUAUGCCUGCUCAGAAUGCGGCAAGCGCUUUAGCUGGAGCUCCAACCUCAUGCAGCACCAGCGCAUCCACACAGGCGAGAAGCCUUAUACUUGCCCCGACUGCGGCCGCAGCUUCACACAGAGCAAGAGCCUGGCCAAGCACCGGCGCUCCCACAGUGGUCUAAAGCCUUUCGUGUGCCCACGCUGCGGCCGUGGCUUCAGCCAGCCCAAGAGCCUGGCACGCCACCUGCGGUUGCACCCAGAGCUGUCAGGGCCAGGUGUGGCGGCUAAGGUGCUGGCGGCCAGCGUGCGGCGCGCAAAGGCACCCGAGGAGGCCACAGCAGCGGACGGCGAAAUCGCCAUCCCAGUGGGCGAUGGCGAGGGCAUCAUCGUGGUGGGCCCGCCAGGGGAUGGCGCUGCAGCGGCCGCGGCUCUGGCCGGGGUGGGGACGCGGGCAACAGGGACACGGUCGCGCAGGGCACCGGCGCCCAAGCCGUACGUGUGCAUGGAGUGCGGGAAGGGCUUUGGGCAUGGGGCCGGGCUGCUGGCCCACCAGCGCGCUCAGCACGGGGAUGGGCUGGGGGUAGUGGGUGGUGAGGAACCUGCACACAUCUGCGUGGAGUGUGGUGAGGGCUUCGUGCAGGGUGCUGCGCUGCGGAGACACAAGAAGAUUCAUGCAGUUGGGGCACCUUCAGUCUGCAGCAACUGCGGACAAAGUUUCUAUCGGGUGGGCGGAGAGGACGAUGGCGAGGACCAGUCUGCUGGUGUGCGGUGUGCGGAGUGUCGGGGUGGGGAGGCCCGGUAGGGACGGGGACGCCCGGGGGGUGGACAGGGCCCCUCGGGCUCAGUGGGUACUACCAGUGAGCAAGACCACGAGGGAGGCCCAGAGAGAACCAGACCGAAAGGAGCAGCAGCCUUGUCUCUCUCCUUCCUUACUCCAUGCUGUUCUGGGUGUGAGGGGACCCGCAACUAUUGAGGUUCUCAGGACUGCCCACAGCGUCUCUGCUGACCCGCCCUACCACCUGGCGGGCUGGCCCUUUUUAGGUUCCCAGUCUGGGAGUCAGAGACUGAGAGAACUGCAAGGAUCAAUUGGCACUAGACCCUCAAGGGAAAGACCACUCCCACUAGAGGUGUUGGGCCGUGGUGUCGUAAGGAAUGGAGGGAAUCCUGGCCUUAUGCAUCGAGAGGGUCUUCCUUCCCUUUUAGAAUUUUCUUUUAAUCAUACCAUUUGACCCCUCCCAUCCAUUAUUUUUUCUGCCCCAUGGGUCCUUAUCGAUUUUCUAGCCCAAGUCGUUCUCCCUCCUGGAUUUGCAGUAGCAGAGGCGUGAAGUAGCUUCCUGUUCCCAGCACGGUCUUAUUGAGAGGAUGGGGUCCUGUGUGUUCCCUGUCCUGGCGGUGGAAGAAGGGAUGUGGGGGCAAUAAAUGGCAUUAUUCAAUUGCCCCA